AUGGCGCCCAUCGCAGUCUCUCCACCACCCUCCACCAGAGGCACCCAGCAGCACAACGACCUCUCCAGCUAUAAGGGAUACGACCAUGUCCACUGGUAUGUUGGCAAUGCCAAACAGGCGGCUGCUUACUACACAGCCCGCAUGGGCUUCGAGCGGAUCGCAUAUAGAGGCCUAGAAACCGGGUCCAGAGUCAUCGCUUCGCAUGUCGUCGGGAACGGCGAUAUCACGUUUGUCCUCACUUCCCCCCUGAGGUCGCUGGAUGAUUUGUCGCAGUUCAGCCCUGAAGAACAAGCUCUGUUAACGGAGAUCCACUCGCAUCUCGAAAAACAUGGCGACGGCGUCAAGGAUGUUGCCUUCGAGGUGGACGACGUUGAGGCCGUGUUUAAUGCUGCCGUGAAGAAUGGGGCCAAGGUUGUUUCUGGUAUCAAGACGCUGGAGGAUUGCCAGGGGCAGGUCAGAGUGGCUACUAUACAGACAUACGGAGAUACAACACAUACCUUGGUCGAAAGAUCUGGGUAUAACGGCAUUUUCCUACCGGGAUACCGUGAGGAGAAUACCAAAGACCCCCUCUCGAGCCUCCUGCCUCCGGUUAUCCUGGAACAUGUUGAUCAUUGUGUUGGGAAUCAGGAUUGGGAGGAGAUGGAGAAAGUUUGCGAAUAUUAUGAGAAGGCUCUAGGAUUCCACCGGUUCUGGUCCGUUGACGAUAAAGAUAUCUGCACUGAAUUCUCCGCCCUGAAAUCCAUCGUCAUGGCCUCGCCCAACGAGCGCGUGAAAAUGCCCAUUAACGAGCCGGCAAAGGGCAAAAAACAAUCCCAAAUAGAAGAAUACGUCAACUUCUACAGCGGUGCCGGUGUCCAGCACAUCGCCCUGCGCACAAAUGAUAUCAUCCGCGACAUCACCAACCUGAAAGCCAGGGGUGUGGAGUUUAUCAAAGUUCCCGAGACGUAUUAUACAGAAAUGAAGCAGCGUCUGGAGCGCAGCGGGAUGAAGCUGAAAGAGGACUUUGAGAUGCUGAAGAAGUUGGAUAUUCUUAUUGAUUUCGAUGAGGGAGGUUAUCUAUUGCAGCUGUUCACUAAGCACCUCAUGGACCGUCCCACCGUUUUCGUCGAGAUCAUCCAACGCCAUAACUUCUCCGGCUUUGGUGCUGGCAAUUUCAAGUCUCUCUUCGAGGCUAUCGAGCGCGAGCAGGCCUUGCGGGGUAAUUUGGUUUAA